AUGUCUAGCGGUGUAAAAGCCGUUAGACCAAUCUUGUCGAGAAAUCAUGCAGAAGCUCGAAGACGUGCCAUCAGUUUAUAUCGUGCUUGGUAUAGACAGUUACCAUUUAUACCAAAGGAAUAUGCUCAGUCGAAUGCAAAUAUUACAGUACCGAUUCUGCAUGACAGAUUAAGGAAGGAGUUUUAUAAAAAUAAGGAUAUCAAAGAUCUACGUGUAAUUGAUUUAUUAAUCCAUAAAUGGCAAAAUGAACUGAUUGAAGUGGCACAUAUUUGGAAGUCGGAUACACAUGUGAUGGAUUAUUUCAGAGAAGAUAACCUCCCAGAAAAACCUAAAGAUUUCUUGGACAGAUUUUUAAGUGGGAAGUCAUAG